CCCUCUCCCUACUGCACACAGGCACACAGCAGCAAAAGUGAAAGAAGAUUGAGCAGUCGACAGGAAAAGGAGCAUCAGUUCACACACACAACUGCAGCACACAGGCUUAAGAUUUUACUGUGAACUUCAGACGAGUAUAGAAUCAAACAUGGGAUCUUCUCCAUCUAAACCUGAAUUUGAUUCAGUUCUGGCUGAGAAACAUGUUACAAGUGGAGCUGAUAUUCUUCUUCAAUGUGAGGCAAACACAGAAGAUGUAACCGCAUCAUGGCAGAAGGACAGCCGUUCACUGUCUUGUGUACACGGAAAGCACUCUGUGAGCAAAAGGGGAACAAAAUUUGUCUUAAAAAUUUCAAAUGCUCAGGAAAGUGAUGAAGGAAAUUACACCAUAACCCUGAGCAACAGUUCAGGUUCAGCGUCAUGCUCUGCCCUUGUCAGAGUCGAAAUUAAGGACUGGCGUGAAGUGCAGUGGAGUAAAAAAGAUUUAUUGUUAAAGACUCUCAAGUCAUUUGAGAUUUGUAAUGAAGUCAAAGAGCUCCGCUACCUUGUGUAUGGACCAGUUGGAGCAGGAAAGUCCAGCACCAUAAACACCAUCAGAUCCAUUUUUGAAGGACGUCAAUUUGUAAACUGUUUGGCUGCUGCAGAAUCUACUACGAGCCACACUCUAUGUUUUGAAAGUUACAGAUUUGCAAAUGAAGAAGAAUCAUUUCCCUUUAUCUUCUACGAUAUAAUGGGUGCAGAGGCAAAAGAAAACGGGGUGCAGACUCAAGAUGUCAUCAGUGCUUUAAAAGGUCACAUAAAAGAGGGGUAUAUGUUCAACCCUGACACUCCAUUGUCUGAAAGCAACCUUUAUUACAAUAAAAAUCCCAGCCUGAGUGAUCAGAUGCACUGCCUGGUGUAUGUUGUACAAGCUCACAGGGUUUCAGUGAUGGAACAAGCUUUUCUCAACAAAUUGAAGAGUGUCAGAAAAACAGCAAGCAGAAUGGGAAUCCCUCAAGUGGUUUUCAUGACAAACGUAGAUCGUGCAUGUCCAAUGACAAAGGAGAAUCUGCGUAACAUCUACAAAAGCAAAAAGAUCAGAGAAAACGUGAUAAAAUACAGUCAUGCCCUGGGUGUGCCUGUGAACUGUAUCUUCCCUGUCUUGAACUAUCACGAGGAGACCCAUGUGAAUGAGGAUAUAAACUGCCUGAUGUUGGAUGCCUUAACACAGAUUAUACAUUUUGCUAAUGACUAUGUGAAAAAAUUCUCUAAGAGCAAAAUGUCACAUCAACAACCUCAUUGUUAAUUAAAAAAAAAGAAAAAAAAAACACAAGGUAUGAAAAGAAGAAUGACAAAAAUAAUUUCUUAAUUUUUAAAGGCUAAUUGUUAUUUAAAUUUACUCAAUCCAAAUCAAUCUGAUAAUGCAACACAUUUUAAAAUAUAAAACUUACAGUAUAUUAUUGAUAAGAUCCCACUUAUAAAAAGGAGUCUAUUAAUACAGAUAUAAAUAUAAAAUGGUCGCUUUGCAUAAGGGAGAAUCAGAAAAAAAGUACAACUUAACAUAAUACUUACAGUAGGUAGUCAACAGGAAUGCCUAUUACCGCCAUGCUCACCACCGUUGCCAAACACCAGCGGUCAAAAUAAACCAGUUGGAUUUUAAAGUCAUUCAUGAAAUGACCACCAAGUGGCGCAAUGUGACAUUUUUAGUCAUCACCGUUUUUUUAUUUGAUUAGAGCUUAUGUCAUAAAAAAGUCAUAACAAUAUGUUGUAUCAACAAAAUACCACAGUGAUGGGAAUUUCAACAUCCGAGUACUUUAUACAACAAACAUAAAAAAAUCAGAACCAGAGCUAUUGACAUUUAUUGUACAAUAAUGAGAAAAAAAAAACACACUAAUUUAAAUGUUGUUUAGACGGACGAUCAAGUUCACAAACUAACAAUUUUAUUUGUACAAAAAAUAAACUGGUAUAUAUCCUGUCUCUGUUUGUAUCUGUUUAUUGUUAUUAUUUGUGUAUGUGUUUCAUAGGAGUUUUUCUGGGAAUUUUGUUGUACUAAAUAAUAUUUAUGCAGCAUAGUCAGGGCCUCUUAUUCCUAUUUAUUCUAGGUUGUUGUUGUUUUAGUGUAUGUGUGUGUGCCCUGCAAUGGAUUGGUACCCUGUCCAGGCUGUACCCCACCUGGGCCAUAAGUUUUCUGGGAUAGGCGCCAGUGCCCCCUGUGACCCUGAAUACAGGAUAAAGCAGUAUAAAUGAUUAGUGAGUGUUGUUGUUUUAGAGUUACUGUGUGUGCUUUACAAUGUCAAAUAAUUCACCCUUGCCCACUUCCCCAGGUGAGAACUUGUCUCAGCUGUUCUUACCUAUACAUUCCGAUGAACUAAAAUGCCCCCCCUUCCUACUUAAAGAUAACAGGUCAGCUAGUCAGCUCCUGGAAGAAUGAUUACUUGCCUUUUGGAUUUGAGGCCUUUCAGAAGACCUGUAGUGCUUCAGGCCUCUUUUUAAAUUUGUGUAAAUUUUAAAUCUUAUGGAUUCUAGAUUCUAAAAUUGACAUUGUUAACUUUUCUAAUUCCUGGAAUGGAAUAAAUGGAGA